AUGAGCGCUAAUCAGCACAAAACCCCCCUGUGGGAGCCUCGUCAUACUGGCGAAACCAACACCGCCAAGUUUAUCGAGUAUGUCAAUGCAAAACAUAACCUCCAAAUACAGACGUAUGACGAGCUCUAUCAAUGGUCGGUCGAUGCUGCAACGCUGCAGGACUUUUGGGGAGAUGCAUACACAUGGCUUGGACUUGCUCCGGCGGGAUCACCAGAAGCCAGUCGCAUGCUGGAAAGCGAGGACACGGCUUCGGUGCCUCUCUUCCCUCCUCCGAAAUUGUUCCCGGGGGAAUCCCUAAACGUCGCCGAGUUUCUUCUACGAAACGGCAAGGAUGACGACGUGGCAAUCCACUUCGCCCGCGAAGGCGUCCCCGGUGUUGAGCAGGUCACCUGGUGGGAUCUCCGGGACCGUGUGCGGAAAACCCGCGACGCCCUGGUCAACUCGGGCGUCGUGGCCGGCGACGUCGUGGGGGCCGUGAUAUCGAAUUCGGUGGACGCAAUGGUCCUUUGCCUUGCCUCUCUGGCAAUCGGGGCCGCCUGGUCGUCUUCGUCGCCCGAUCUUGGGCCCGAUGCCAUUGUUCACCGCUACGGACAGGUCGACCCUAGGAUUAUCUUCGCCGACGACGGCUACAUGUACGCCGGAAAGCUCAUAAAGCUCGAGGCCCGCAUAGUGGAAUGGUCGCAGGCACUCGGUCGGAGCGAUGAGCAGUUAAGGGACAUCGUGAUUCUUCCGUACUGCAACCUCAACCCAAACGUGGCCAAGAUACAUCGCGGAUGCACCUAUCAGUCCUUUAUCCGCCGUGACUCAGGCCGGAAGCUGAGUUUCAAUAUCCUCCCGUUUUCUCACCCGGCUUUUAUCCUCUACUCGUCAGGGACGACAGGGAAACCAAAAUGCAUUGUCCACUCUGCAGGCGGUGUUGCUUUGAAAGUGAAGACUGACAUGAUUCUACAACACGACAUCCGCAAGGACGACGUAAUAUUCCAGUACACUACGACAUCUUGGGUGAUGUGGGUCCUGAACUUUGUCAACCUGUCAUCCGGGAGGUCGAUGCUUCUAUACGAUGGCUCUCCGUACCACCCUUCCCCUACGGUAUUACUACAGCUGACACAAGCCGUCGGAGUCAGCAUAUUCGGAACGUCCCCAAGGUACCUCGCUGAUCUCAGAAGCUACGGAAUUGUGCCGCGAGAACAAUUUGAUUUGAGCAGGCUUAGGGUGAUGACAUCGACAGGAUCCGUGCUAUCAGCCGACCUCUACCGCUGGUUUUAUUCCACAGCCUUCCCGCCGCAGGCCCAGCUGAUCUCCAUGAGCGGAGGAACGGACAUUUCGGGUUGCUUCGUGAUGGGCACGCCGCUCCUGCCGGUAUACUCGGGGGAGAUCCAGGCCAAGGCCCUCGGCAUGGCGGUGGACGUAUUGGACUCGGCGCGGACGGACCCCGUCUCUGUGGAGCUGUCGGGUGAGGCUGGAGAGCUGGUCUGCACGAAGCCCUUCCCUAGCCAGCCUCUUGGGUUCCACGGGCCGGGUGGGUGGGAGAAAUACAAAUCCUCGUACUUUGACCGCUACGGGCCCUCCAUCUGGUGCCAGGGAGACUAUAUACAGCGUCUCCCCGACACGGGCGGACUCGUUAUGUUGGGCAGAUCGGAUGGAGUCCUCAACCCAUCGGGAGUCCGGUUCGGAUCCGCCGAGAUCUACGCAGUCACCGAGACCUUUCCCGAGAUCGCCGACAGCAUCUGCGUGGGCCAAAAGCGGGACUUGGACACGGACGAGAGGGUUCUGCUCUUCGUCAAGAUGAGGCCCGGAGCGGCGUACACGGCGGAUCUGGGGAGGAGGCUCAAGGCCGCUGUCCGGGCCAGGUAUACGGCCCGCCACGUGCCCAAGUUCGUCUUCGAGGUCGCCGACAUCCCGUACACGGUGAACGGAAAGAAGUGCGAGAUCAAUGUCAAGCACGUCGUCAGCUGUCGGAAGGCGACUGUCAGUGGGACUGUUGCGAACCCUGAGGCCCUGAAACUAUUCGAGCGUUUUCAGGACCUCCCCGGAGAUGAAGAAGGAGGAAAUGUGCCGGCUGCCCGGAAGAGCAGGCUAUGA